AUGUCGAAUGAAGCAGAAAAGGAUAAUAUCAAUGCCGAAAAAGAUAACAUCAAUGCCGAAUCAGAAAUAGACUUUUCGGUCGUUGACGCUCUUCCUCAAAAGGAUGCGGAUACCGAAGAAAAAAAAGAAAAACAAGAAGCCGUCCCACUCUCAAAAUUGCUCCGCUUUGCCACUCCUGUAGAAUACCUCUAUAUGUUCGUCGGGUCGAUUGCUGCGUUGGCUUCCGGGGCGGCUCUGCCAUUAAUGACCAUUGUAUUCUCAUCAUUCAUCACUUCGUUUUAUGCAUUUGAAUACGCAAAAAAUACUGGUAUCGGCAAAGACACUGCUGAAAGUAAACUUAACGAUGAGGUUAGAACAAAAGUAUUCUACUUUAUAGGUUUAGGUUGUGGCGUUUUUGUCUGUGCCUAUACACAUAUGAGCCUGUGGAUGAUGUCAGGCGAGAGGCAAGCCAAGCGUGUUCGUGAGCUGUACUUUGCCUCGAUUUUACGUCAAGACAUUGCUUUUUUUGACAGCUCUUCAACAGGUGACGUCACCACGCGCAUCUCAGGCGACAUCAGCUUGUAUCAAGAAGGCAUCUCCGAGAAGGUCGGCUUGAUAUUACAGUUUUCAACAACUUUUAUUACGGGUUUUAUCAUUGCUUUUACAAAAGGAUGGAAACUUUCAUUGGUUCUCUGUGCCGUGUUUCCUUUGAUGGCCAUAGCCGGUGGAAUAAUGGCUAAAGCUAUAUCAAAUGAUACUGCAAAGGGGCAAGAUGCAUAUGCUGCCGCGGGAGGUGUGGCGGAACAGGCAAUAUCAGGCAUAAGAACUGUGAUCUCUUUUGGUGGUCAAGAACGCGAAAUUAAUCGUUACAUGGCAAAUUUGGAAUAUGCAUAUAAAGCGGGAAGAAAGAAGGCAAUUGUUAGUGGAAUUGGUCUCGGAGCAAUGAUGCUUAUCAUGUAUGGCAGUUACGGUCUGGCCUUUUGGUACGGCAGCAUUUUGAUCGUCAACAACGAUAUGUCGGGUGCAGAUGUAUUAAACGUAUUCUUUGCUAUCUUUAUCGGUGCUUUCUCCGUUGGUAAUGCUGCGCCUCAUAUAACUUCGGUUGCAAACGCUUUGGGCGCAGCUUCAAAGUUGUUCGCUGUCAUUGAUCGCGUGCCCCCGAUUGACUCCUCCGAUGAAUCGGGAAAGAAGUUGGUCAAAUCUGAAGUUCGAGGCCGAAUUGAAUUUAAAAACGUCGAUUUCUGGUACCCGUCUCGUCCCGAUGUCCAAAUUUUAAAGAAUUUCAAUUUAGUCAUUGAACCUGGUCAGACUGUCGCCCUGGUUGGUCCUUCGGGAAGUGGAAAAUCAACUAUCGUUAGCUUGCUAGAAAGAUUCUACGACCCGUCUAAGGGAAGCAUCACAAUCGAUGGUGUAGAUAUCAAGCAAAUCAAUAUCAAAUCAUUGAGGAGGCAAAUUGGUCUUGUCGGUCAAGAACCAAUUCUCUUCCCCGAGACUAUCACGAAAAAUAUCAUCUGGGGAGGCGAUCCAUCGGAAAAAGAACCUACCAUGGAAGACAUUAUCGAAGCCUGUAAGAAAUCCAAUGCAUACGAAUUCAUUAACGAAUUACCAAAGAAAUAUGAAACCUUAGUUGGUGAGAAAGGUGCUUUACUGUCCGGUGGGCAAAAGCAAAGGAUUGCUAUCGCUCGCGCAUUAAUUAAAGAUCCGCCCAUAUUGUUACUGGAUGAAGCGACUUCGGCUCUUGAUAGCGAAGCGGAAAGAAUCGUACAAGACGCAUUGGACAAUGCAGCAACAGAUCGUACAUCAAUCGUAAUUGCUCAUCGCUUGUCCACUAUUAAGAAUGCCGACAAGAUUGUUGUAAUGACCAAAGGAGAAAUUUGUGAAGUUGGUAAACAUGAAGAGUUGAUUGCAAAGAAAGCUGAGUACUACGCGUUAGUUAAAGCACAGGAAUUAAAGACACAAAAAGCGAACACCGAAGAUGAUGAAGAUGAUGAAUCCAGUGUUGACAGUCAGCCCAAUGACGAUGAUACGGCAAUCCUCAUGGAAGAGAAGGGAGGUAAACUCAUACGUCGUGUGACUACCAGAGCGUCAACGGUCAAAACAGACGAAGAGCUACGCGAAGAAGAGGAUGCUAUAAAAUCGAAAGAAAAGACGCCUUUCGGAAGAAUAGCCAGAUUAUGUAGACCGGAAUACGGACUCAUAUUUAUUGGAAUACUUGCUGCCACAGUUAAUGGCGUUGUGAUGCCUUCAUUCGCACUGAUUUUCUCUUCGAUCAUGCAAACUUUCUCGAGAACCGAUGAUCCCGAUCGGUUGCGAAGAGAAUCAAAUUUCUGGGCCGGUAUGUUUGCGGUGUUAGCGAUUGUCAGCUUCUUGACAAAUUUCUUCCAGUUGUCGAUGUUUAUAACAUCCGGUGAACGCCUUACAAAACGUCUUCGAACUUUUACGUUCAAGGCUCUUAUGAGACAAGAGGUUGCUUACUUUGAUGACGAACGUAAUGGAACCGGUAUCUUGACCUCAAAAUUAGCAGUCGACGCAUCCAAUGUCGAAGGGUUAACUGGUUCAUUGAUGGGAUCAAUUUUUCAAAACGUCAUAAACUUGGUAGCCGGUCUCGCCAUUGCUUUCGUAUACGGUUGGAAGCUGACUUUGGUGAUUCUUGCCUCUGCACCCCUCGUCGCAGCUGCUGGAUUUUCAGAAAUGAAAACUCUAGCCGGUUUUGGUGCAAAGACUCGGAAAGCUUAUGAGAACACUGGACAAAUUGUACAUCAAAGUGUAUCUAACAUGCGUACGAUCGCUUCUCUAACUCGCGAAGAUACCUUCAAAGAUAUGUACUAUAAGGCAAUUAGGGAACCCCACAAAUUAGCCAUAAAGGGUGCCUUAUUAUCAGCAAUCGGCUUCGGUAGCUCUCAAGGUUCCUUAUACUUUAUUUGGUCUCUUGCUUUUUGGUAUGGAGCACAAUUGGUUAAGACUGGAGAGUACACCUUUGACCAAAUGAUUCACGUCCUAUUUGCUGUCAUAUUUUCUGCUAUGGCUCUUGGUCAAAUGUCUACCUUUGCUCCAAACACGGCAAAAGCAAAACUUGCAGCAAUAUCAAUUUUCCAGAUCCUCGAUCGUAAAUCAGCCAUUGACCCAACCGAUAAUGAAGGUAAAGAUCGUCCUAUGCCCAUAACGGGAGAAGCGGAGCUUCAUGACGUGCAUUUCAACUAUCCCGCAAGACCAGGAGUUCACAUUCUUCGUGGAUUUGAUGCGAAAGUCGAUGCCGGAAAAACGAUUGCACUAGUUGGUCCGUCGGGAUCUGGUAAAUCAACAACUGUGGCAUUGUUACUAAGGUUUUAUGAUGUCAUCACCGGAGAAGUUAAUGUCGAAGGUGCAAACGUGAAAAACUGGAACCUUGAAUAUUUGAGGUCAAACAUGGCACUAGUUGGACAAGAACCAGUACUUUUUGAUUUGACAAUUGGCGAAAACAUUGCAUAUGGAAAAGAUGGAUGUUCAAAAGAUGAAAUUAUUGAGGCUGCAAAAAACGCCAACAUUCACAACUUCAUUUCGAAAUUACCGGAUGGUUAUGAUACGCGCGUUGGUGAGAGGGGAUCUCAAUUAAGUGGCGGUCAGAAACAGAGAGUGGCAAUAGCAAGGGCCAUAAUUCGAUCACCUAAACUCUUAUUACUUGACGAGGCGACAUCGGCCUUGGACGCCGAAUCCGAAAAGGUUGUUCAACUUGCUUUAGAUAAAGUAAGCAAGGGUCGAACCACACUGGUUAUAGCGCAUAGAUUGUCUACGAUCCAAGAUGCAGAUUUAAUUCUAGUAUGCAAGAAAGGAAGGGUUGUCGAAAGUGGUACUCACCUUGAAUUAUUCAAUCAAAGAGGAUUAUAUUAUGAGUUGGUUAAUAAGCAAACUUUGAUGAAGCAAAGUUAA